CUGUACCUCGUUGUCGCUAGCACCGAACCCUAAAUACGUCUUGCUUUCAGCUAGCCUAGCAGCUCGAAGCGCCGUGUCAAUGACGAGCAAGUGAUGCUGUAGGUGCAGCUCUUGCGAGUGUACGCCGAGUAGCAAGGUCACGAAAGGAAAUUGCGGCUAGGGAGUAGCUUACGGAAGGAAAGAGCGGACAUGGAGUGAAGGACACGAAAUGGCGUAGCCGGAACGGCGUUAGACUCCUUUACUGAGCGCGUGAAGGGCCCGUGGCUCUGUAGCUAAGUUAAGGUGCGACUAACUCGUGUCAGAAGCUAAGCUUCGACGACUGCACCAACCGCUGCAGGCAUAGCAGUGAUGCUGCGUGUAACGACGACCAGCUUUGUACACAGCGUCCCUGACCAUGGUUCCUAAAUCUGCGUCUUAAGCUACGUUUCGUGCAUUAGCACCCAUAACUGCAGGAGGUGUGAUAGCCGAAACGCAUCGUCGAAACGCAAAGACUGCGGAGGUAACUAUACUAAGUUACGUUCUGCUUACGCACUUCACUAGUGGCGUGCCUUCCUUGUGCUCCAGGUAUCGACCAUAUGCCUAACUUAUUCGCAAAAGGCGAAAUCUUAGUUGUUACCUAGCCCAGGCCAGACAUUGCUAAUAAUGGAAAUCCCUAUACCGCAGCUACAGGCAGGGAACGCUGCUUCGGGAGCUGUUUAGUGUGAUCAUGGGGAUCCCUUUAACGGAGCCACACGCUUCGGAGGCUCUAGGUCCGAGUUUUGCUGCAGACGGAGGUUCGGAAGGAGUAGCUCCAGGUUCGGACCGGGCAGGUUCGGACCGUGCAGGUUCGGAGCGUACAGGUUUGGACCCAAGCAGCGGCAGUUUGAGCGGUUUCAACAGUUUGGCCAGAAGCAGCGGCGGCGGCAGUGGUGCUGGGAGCGGAGGAGGGAGCGGGGGAGGGAGUUUGCCAGAGAGCGGAACAGGGAGUGGGGCAGGUAGCGGUAGCAGCCAGGGCCUACACGAAAUAACGGAGCAGUCUAUAACGGAGCAGGUUAUAUCGGAGCAGGCUAUAACGGAUCCGGUGAACAGUGGAGGAAAGCAAGUAGAGUUAUCCAGCCGUGUAGCAGAGGGCGAAAAGCAAAAUCAUCCCACUAAGUUACAUUCCCAAGGCCGGAGCAACAGCAACACCAGCAGCUGCAGCAGCCAGGGGCUCGGUUCUAGUAACGGUAACGGGUUGUGGAAUAACGGAGCGCACUCGCCUGUGCCGAUGCACAUGUCGAAGAGGGAGAGGGUGAUGGACCUGCUAGGGAUGCUGAGUGCGAGACGGUUCUGCAGAAUGGGCUUUGCCGAACAUGAUGAGGAUGACGCUAUUGCUGGUGCUGGGGGUGAUGCUAGUGAUGGUGCUGCUGGUGGGAAUGGUGGGAGAGAGGGGGUGGAGGAUGGGGAGGAGGUGGAAGGGAGGAGGAGGCGGAGGAGGAGCAAGGCAUGGCAAGCGGUCCAGAGCGGUGCUGCUGGGUGCUUCUCGGUGCCGCUUUUAGUGGAUGGGCGUGGCAGAGCAACUGAUGAUGAUAACGCUGGAGGUGGGAAGGAGAAGAAGCCAUGGCGUCACGGGAAGAGGGGCAAGGAAGGGGGGGGAGCCGCAAAGGCGAAAGGGCGGGGAGGGAGCAGGGCAGAAGAGGAGAGGGGAAGGGAGGGAGAUGGAUGGCUUAUGAGGAAGGGUGGCGGAAGGUUCCUUAUGGAGUCACUCAAGUCUCCUGUUGUUAUCACCCGCCUCACCAUGAUGGCUCUGCUCGUUAUAGUCACAGUGGUGCUCUGCGUAAGCACGUGGUAUGCAGCUGGCAAGAUGUACAGCGACUCCCUGGAUGACAUCGCCACACAAUUGAGGGAGAAGUCGUUAGUGCGGGUGCACCAGCAGUUUCUGCUCUACAUCAACAGGGACAGGGAUGUGCUGCUGGCCUUCAGCUCUGUGCUCGAAAACCUACUGGAGCACACCAACACGUCCGUGGUGCCGCUCAAAUGGGCGCAGGAGAAGAUCGCCCCCCUGGAGUGGUCCUUCUUCCAGUCGUCUCUCCCGCGCCUCGCUAUCCUCGGCUACUUCUCCCUCAACGGCUGCCUCCUCUCCUACUCGCAGAACGACCCCGUUACCCAGUCCUUCUCUGCCACCCCUGGUGGUGCUGUUUCUCAAGUCUACACGCAGAAUCUGACUGACAGAACAGGUCAAUGGUACAUCCAGGCAGUUAACACCUCCACCGGGUCCGCUCUCCCCCAGGAGCCGCCCCGGAAGUUCACGCCCGUGCCAAUGGGAAACCCGGCGUUAUACGAAAAGGUGGCCAACGGGCCCCCGGGGCUGCUCCUCUGGUCCUUCAGCGCCAUUCAGAACCUCUCUGGACCGCUUCUGCUGGCGUCCGUGGCUGCGACUAAGCUUGACUCGACGAUUCAAGGGGCCAAUUCUGCGGAUAGGCAUGGGAAUGGGGAUGGGGUUGUAGAGGGUGAGAGUAGUGGUUUGGUGGCUCGGGAGGUUUUGUCGCUGCCCGACAUCCACAUCCAUAUCCAUCCCCACUUUCAUCCUCAUCGGCACACCCAUGUCGCCUCAGCUGCUGCUCCUGCUCCUGCUACUGCUCCUGCUGCUGCUUCUGCUGCUGCCUCUGCUGCUGCUGCCUCUGCUGCUGCUGCCUCUGUUGGGACUGCUUCCCCGCUCACUUCCACCACCUCUUCCUCCUCCUCCUCCAACACCUCCUCCGCUCCUCCCUCUGCCUCCCCCUCCCCCACCUUCUCCCUUCCCCCUUCUCGCGCUUCCACCACCACUGCCGCCACCACCACCACUGCCGCCACCCCCUCCUCGUCCUCCUCCUCCCUCCCCGCCAUCACGGGCAUGGCAAUGCUAGGCUCCUCCACAGGCACGCUGAACCGCUACCUGGGGCAGUCGGGCACGGACAACAGCGUUAUGUACAUCUGCUCCGACCAGGGCUUCCUUGUCGCCUCCUCCACCAACGCCGCCACCACCGCCACCGCCACGGCAAACCCUGCUGCUGCCGCCACGGGUGGUCCUCCUGCCGGAAACAGCAUGGGUGCAACGAGCCAAGGAGCACAGGGAAACUCGACGGCGGGGGCGGGGGGCAGCGCGCAGGGAAACUCGACGCAGCAGCUGCCGCCGCUGGACUCUGCAGGGCCGGGGGGGGCGCAGGGGAUGACAGUGCUGGUGAACGCUAGUGAGGUCGCGGAUCUGGUGAUUAAGGACACGGCGCGGUAUCUGGAGGCGCGGUUUGGGCUGGCGGCGCUGGUGGCGGGGAACUACUCGGUGGGCGGGGUGGUUGUGAACGGGGAGGAGAGCUAUGUCAGCACCAUGGCACUCACCUUCGACAACCUCAACAUGUACCUGGCGAUCGUCAUGCCCCGGGCAUCCAUCACGGCGUCCAUCGAGUCCAAGCAGCGCGUCAUGGUCGUAGUCACCACCGCUGUGGCGCUGUGCCUGCUGCUGAUCGGGUGGGCGGUGGUGAUCUUCCUCACGCUCUACGUGGACACGCGCAUGCGCCCCAAGGAGGAGUUGCAGCGUCAGAUGGAGGAGACCCAGCGCGCACAGGCGGCCUCUGAAGUGAAAAGCCAGUUCCUGGCGAAUAUCUCGCAUGAUCUGAGGACGCCUAUGGCCGGCAUCCUGGGGCUGUUGGACAUCAUGCUGUGCGACCACCUGUCAUCGGAGCAGGAGGCAAAUUUACGGCAGAUGAAGUCCUGCUGUGCUUCACUGCUGGGGCUGCUCAACAACCUCCUGGACCUCGCCAAGGUGGAGGCGGGCAAGAUGCAGCUGGAGGUGCUGGAGUUUGACAUAGUGGGCGAGCUGGAGUCGCUGGUCGACAUGUUCAGUGUGCAAGGGCUCAGCAACGGCACUGAGAUCGCCCUCGAUCUCUCCGACGACAUCGAACGCACGGUCAAGGGAGACCCGUCAAGGGUCAGGCAGGUGUUUGCCAAUCUUCUGAGCAACGCGUGCAAGUUCACCAAGAACGGCCAGGUGGUGGUGAGGGGGUGGGUGAGGGAUCGGCCACCGCCCCAGCUGGCCAAGCAGGACCUCUCCAUCCCAGGCGAGAAGAGCAAGCGGCACAGCAGGUCCAAGAGCCGCGAUGCUGAGAGCAUGGCAGCAGAGGCAGCAGCGGGACCAGGGGGGGUAGGAGGGGAAGGGGGGGCCAAGGCGCGGCGCACGGUGGCGUUCGUGUUUGAAGUGGACGACACAGGGCCGGGCAUCCCCCCCCACAAGCGGGAGUCUAUCUUUGAGAACUUCCAGCAGGCAGAUGCGUCCACUGCCAGGACGCACGGCGGCACAGGUCUUGGCCUCGGAAUUGUCCGCUCCCUGGUGAAUCUGAUGGGAGGGUCCAUAGCAGUGGUGGAUAAGGACGGAACGGGGGCUCGGUUCCGGUUCGACAUGCGGUUCGAAGCGGUGGAGGGUGGUGGAGGGUGGCACAACAGCAUGCUGCAGCCGGAGCUGCUGCUGCCGAAGCUGACUGCCGUGGUGGGCGGGCAGGUGCUCCUGGCAAUGAAGGAGGAUAGCGCAGGGGCGGCCAUAGCAACCGCCUGGAUGGAGCGCCGGAAAUUAAAGGUCUGGCGUGCGCACACGUGGCAGGAGAUCAUGCCAGCUGUCGCCUCCAUACUGGUCCAGAAGGCCGCGGCCUCCCAGCCCCCCCGCGCGUCGCGCUCCCUGGUGGGCUUCUCUGCUCCCCUCAUGCGCAGCUUCACUGCCCUGAGGGGGGGCGGAGGGGGAGACAAGGGGGAAAAGGGGGAGAGAGGAGGGGACAGGGGGGAGAGAGGGGGGAAUGCCGGUGGUGGGGUUGGAGGGGUGGGGGGAGGAGGGGGAGGAGGUGGUAGUUUCGGUGCUGGGGCAAGCGGCAGUGGUGGUGGUGGUGGUGGUGGAGCUGGUGGGUUCAGCCCGAUGGUGGAUAAGGCCAGGUCUGCUGUUGGCUGGCGGAGCCCCUCCCCCCGCUCCCACGACUCCCCUGCACCACCGUUACCACCAUCUGGAGCAGCUGUUGCAGCGGCUGUAGCGGCGGCUGUAGCAGCAGUGCCAGCACCGCCAGGCAUGGGAGGGGGGCCAGGUGGAGCCUCCCCCAGACCAAGCACCCCGGAUCAGAUCUCUUUUUCAGGGCCUGUGCAGGGGCAGCUGGGGCAGGUGGUAUCUGAGGCAGGCGGACAAGAACAGAUGCAGGGGCAGGGGCAGGGGCAGGGGCCAAUGCAGCGAGGUGUGUUGAGCCGUCUCCCUUCACCAUCCCAUUCUCUUGCCAACGGCCGCAUUCUCAGCAGUCCUGGGAGGUGCUUCGGGGGGGCAGGCACAGGUGGGGAAAACGAGGGAGAAGUUUGGGAAGAGGGAGGGGGAGAAGGUGGGGAGGGAGGCAGGGGAGGAGGGGGAGGAGGGGGAGGUGGGGGAGGGAGAGCAGCGGGGAUGGUGAAGAGUCUAGGUAGCAGCAGCAGUCGGCUGCUGGGUCGAGCUCUCAGCACCAAAUCCAGGAGAUCCCUGGACAAGCAUUCCAACAGCAGCCACGAGCCUUCCUUUCCCGGCAGCGGCGCCAGCACCCCACUUCAUCCUGCUGCUGCUGCUUCUGCUGCUGCUGCUGCUGCUGCUGCUGGUGGUGGUGGGGGUGUGGCUCCCAGCAGCCUCGCGUCACUGUCCUUCGAUGGUACGGUGGGUAGGGAGCCAAGCAUAGGUGGUGCGCUGGGCCAUGGUAGCAUCGGUUCCAGGUCGUUCGGAGGGGGGUUGAUCGGAGGGAAAGGCGGGUCGGGGGGCGCGGUCAUUGGGGUGGGCUCGGACAGGGACGGCUCCAUCGCUGCUGUUGCUGCUGCUGCCGCUGCUGUUGCUGCUGUUGAGUCCGAUGCUGCUGGUGCUGCCAGUGCCAUUGCUCCCGCUCCUGCUCCUGUUGCUGCUGCCCGUGGGACGUUUCUCUCUGCUGCGUCCCCGUCGAGGGUCGUCCCUGCGUCGCCCUCAAGACUCGUCCCCGCAUCCCCUCCGUCAGCUCUCGCAUCAGCAUCAUCGUCAUCAGUGGCGGGGCAGCCGGCAUCGAAGCUGAUGCUGGCGAUCAUCGACGUGUCGAUCGUGGCGAGCGUGCACCAGUUCAUAGCGGAGGAGCUCCACAUCUUCCGAGCCAGGCUGCAGCACCAGGGGUUUGUGAUCGCUUGGCUGGUGGAGCACAACACUUCUGCUGACACCAGACGGGCUCUGAGAAGGUCGGGGUGUGCUGUGGCGUCCAAGCCCCUGUACGCCUCGCGCAUGGCCCCCCUGUUGGCCCUUGCCACCGCCAGAAACAGCGUGCCCCAUACGAGCUCGCAGAUCGACAUGCCGCGCGCGCCGGGGGGGAGAGGGGGCGGAGGAAGAGGAGGUGGAGAAGCGGAGGAGGGAGGGGGUGUUGGGGGAUCGCAGUGGCACCAGGGAGAGGCGAACGACCAGGCGUGGGGUCUACCAACGCCAGUGGAGGAGGAGGAGUCCUCAGACUCGCCCGCAGCCACAACAACCGCCAUGGGCGCCACCGCUGCCAUCUCCGUCCCCUUCUCCCCCUGCACUCGCGCCAAUGCCACCACUCCCACCGCUGCCGGUGCUGCUGGUGCUGGUGCUGGUGGUGGUGGGGGGGUGUCUGUUUCGGGGUACCCCCCCCCGUCUGGCCGCGGACCCUCCCUCCCCUCCCCUCAUGCCGCCGCCGCCGCCGCCGCCGCUGCUGGUGCUGGUGCUGCUGCUUCUCCCCACGGGCUGCCCUCUGGCCGCCCCCCCAUUCCCUCGGGUGCGAGUGCAGAAGGGAACGGCCCUGCCCCUGCUCUUGCGCCCACUGCUGCUGCUGCUGCUGCUGCUGCUGGAGGUAUUGGAAGUGCUAGUGGUGCUGCUGGUGGUGGGAGUGGGUCUCCUGGUGCCGGAGCCUUGGGGUCGUCUCCGGGGUCUCGAUCGGGGAGGAUGAGGCCGGUCAACAGUGGGCUCAAGAAAGGGGCGUCGUUCUCGGAGGGGUCGUUUGACAACGCUUUGGCAGGCAGGCGGGUGCUGAUAGCCGAGGACACGGCCCUGCUGAGAAAGGUGGCCAUCAUUCGAAUGCAGAAGCUCGGGUGCACUGUGGAGGCGGUGUGCGACGGGCAGCAGGCGGUUGAUGCUGUGUUGGCCUCCUAUGCCAGCAAUAGCGGCCGCUUCGACGCUGUGCUCAUGGACUGCCAGAUGCCGGUGCUGGACGGGUACGGGGCAACAGCUGCUAUCAGGAAAGCAGAAGAGGGCACGCCCGUCCACACGCCCAUAGUGGCGCUCACAGCGCACGCCAUGACCAGCGACCACCGCAAGUGCCUGGAUGCAGGGAUGGACGCGUAUCUCACCAAGCCCAUCGACCCCGCCCUCAUGUCACGGACCCUUCUGGGUCUCAUGGCCAAGUACCCCGUAGUGAAUGCUGCUGAGUGACCGUCCAACCUACCAGCCACCACCGCAGGUGCCUGGAUGCAGGGAUGGACGCAUACCUCACCUAGCCCAUCGACCCCGCUCUCAUGUCCCGGACAUUGCUGGGCCUAAUGGUCAAAAAUACCCUGUAGCUGCUGCUGCUGCUGCUGCUGCUGCUGCUGCUGCUACCCCUUCCAGCGUGGCAUCUGUCGCUGAGUGGCGGUCCAGCCUACCAGCAUGCCAUGACCAGCGACCAUCACAAGUGCCUGGACACUGGCAUGGACGCCUACCAAACCCAUCGACCCCGCUCUCAUGUCGCGCACCUUGCUGGGAUGCCUAUGUACCCCGUAGCUGCUGCUGCUGCUGCUGCUGCUGCUGCUGCUGCCGCCGCAGCUUCCUCUGCUUGACUACAGCAGUAGCAGCAUCCGCCACCACCACCAUCAACAACAGCAGCAGCAGCAGCAGCAGCAGCAGCAGCAGCAGCAGCUGUUGCUGGAGCUACUGCCUGUCAAUGGUGCUACCGGUUCGUAUAAAAUGGUAUGUACUCCUUCCUCUCCUUGGGCUCGCUUGUAUGGACCAGCGGUAUGUGGAUAGUUAUGAGGUUGGCAUAUUUCAGUGUGGUGUGAGGCUGUGAUACAGAGCUGAUAGGUGUGGUGUAGUGGCGUGUCUUCCUCGGUAUUAUUUCUGAAAACUUGUCCAUUUAAAAUUAAAUACGAAUCGGAGCGGUACAGAUGGAGGUACCGUACACUGCAAUCUAAACAUGUGUUAACUUAUCCAAGUACACGUA